AUGUGGCAGCAGAAGAAACGAAUUGGAGGGGUUAUUCCAUCUCAAAGCCCUCGGAAGCUACUUUCUGGAACCACAUCCCCAUCAGAAGCGAUUAUUCCAUUUCUUGUUUACUCUCCUUCAAGUAAGAAGGAACCCAGACAGAGGCAGGCAAGGCCGAUAUUCCACGUUGAAGAUGAAGUUAGUGGUAAAGAGACACGUCUCCGAGUUCAGCUCCACCAUGGAUUCUCUGACUUCUACCGUGACUGGCUUCUGAAACUUGAAGACAUCCUUCAUCAUCUCAUGGAGGUGCAAGUCUCUAAACAGAGCAACCACGUGGUGAAGGACGACCAACACCUGCAGGUUUUGGUCUCUACAGUUACAACCCACCUCAAGGAAUACUACACUGUGAAAUGGGCUUCGGCUCGCGACGACGUUCUCCCUUUCUUCUCCCCUGCGUGGCUCACUCCUCUGGAGAAUGCUUACUCCUCCUGGCUCACCGGAUGGAAGCCCUCCGCCGCCUUCCGCCUCCUCAGUGCUUUGGUCAGGAAGCCCGGCACCGCCUUGGCCGCCAUGACGGAGGAGCAGCGGAGGAAGAUAGAGGAGCUGAGGAUGAAGGUGAGGGUGGAGGAGGAGAAGGUGGAGAGAGAGAUGGAGAGACUGCAGGUGGCCAUGGCUGACCGGAAAAUGGCGGAGCUGGCCAAACUGUCGAGCCGCCACGGCCACGGUGUGGCGGACGGGCUGGUGGAAGUUGCGUUGAAGGGGGUCAUGGGUGGGCUAGAGAAGGUGAUGAAGGCGGCGGAUUGCGUGAGGCUCAAGACACUGAAGGGGACGCUGGAUGUUCUGACUCCACUGCAGCGCGUGCAGUUCUUGGCUGCAACUCUUUCUCUGUAUCUGCGUCUCAGGCAAUGGGGAAUGAACGUCCACCUGGCUGCUUCCGAACUGAAUAUCCAGGACAAGUAG